GCUGCCGCCGCUUUGCGGGAUAAACAGAAAUGGCGGAGGCGGUGGCGGCGCUGGAGACAACGGCGGGCGCGGCGGGCGCGGCCCUGGGGUCACCCGCGGCGGCCGCGGGAGCGGCGGCCGUCGCCUUCGACUUCGCGGCCGUGCCGCCGCCAUCCGCGGGGCCGGGGGGAGGCGGUUGGACCAAGCAGGUCACCUGCAGAUACUUCAUGCAUGGAGUCUGCAAGGAAGGAGACAACUGCCGCUACUCCCAUGACCUCUCCACCAGUCAGUCUGCCAUGGUGUGCAGGUAUUACCAGCGAGGAUGCUGUGCUUAUGGAGAUCAUUGCAGAUAUGAACAUACCAAGCCACUAAUACAGGAAGAAGUGACUGAUGUUAACCCAGAGGCAGAAAUCUAUCCAUCAGUGUCCUCAGAGUUUGCGUCACUCCCUGAAACAGUUGAAGAAUUUAUUACUGAGAUAGAAGAUGAAAAUACAGAUCUGGCAGCAGCUGGAGUAGGGGCUGAAGACUGGGUGAAUGCAGUGGAGUUUGUCCCUGGGCAGCCAUACUGUGGACGUGGCCCCCUUCAGGUCCUGGAAGGCUGCAGUAAGGUCACCCCGGAGCCUUCUCUUCUCCAGGCCGAGCAACCCCAGCUCUCUGAGCCUUUCCUCAUAGGGGAGGUGUUCCAUCCCUCUAACCAUCUUCAUGGCCCUCAACUAGCUGCUCCUUUCUGUGCUGAAGCACCCUUGCAGGAAAUGGUGAUUGAAGAAGAAUACGAGAAGCAGCAGGCAGAUGUGGAGAUGAAAAAGGAGCUGUGUCCCUACGCUGCGUUAGGAGAAUGUCGUUAUGGAGAAAACUGUGUGUACAUCCAUGGGGACGUGUGUGAUAUGUGUGGCCUGCAGGUCUUGCAUCCCAUUGAUGCUGCACAGAGAUCUCAGCACAUAAAGUCUUGCAUUGAAGCUCACGAGAAGGACAUGGAGCUUUCCUUUGCCGUCCAGCGUAGUAAAGACAUGGUGUGCGGGAUCUGCAUGGAGGUGGUGUAUGAGAAAGCUAACCCUAGCGAGCGCCGCUUUGGGAUCCUCUCCAACUGCAGCCACACUUACUGUCUCAAGUGCAUCCGCAAGUGGAGGAGUGCUAAGCAGUUUGAGAGCAAGAUUAUAAAGUCCUGCCCAGAAUGCCGGAUCACGUCUAACUUUGUCAUUCCAAGUGAGUACUGGGUGGAGGAGAAGGAAGAGAAGCAGAAACUCAUUCAGAAAUACAAGGAGGCAAUGAGCAACAAGCCAUGCAGGUAUUUUGAUGAAGGCCGUGGGAGCUGUCCAUUUGGAGGGAACUGUUUUUACAAGCAUGAAUAUCCUGAUGGCCGCCAAGAGGAGCCACAAAGACCCAAAGUAGGAACCUCAAGUAGAUACCGGGCGCAGCGGAGGAAUCGGUUCUGGGAGUUCAUCGAGGAGCGAGAGAACGGUGAUCCCUUUGAAACCGACGAGGAUGAGGUGGUGACCUUUGAGCUUGGUGAGAUGUUGCUUAUGCUGUUGGCAGCCGGAGGUGAUGAUGAGCUAACGGAUUCCGAGGAUGAGUGGGACUUAUUUCAUGAUGAGCUGGAAGAUUAUUAUGAUUUGGAUCUAUAGCACCUGUCAGUGGAGUGUGGACUGUUGUCUUGGCUUCAGGCAGUAGCUAUUACCUGUGGUGUUGUGGCAGUGCCUGUGUUUCUCCUAGGCAGGCCGAUCAAUUCCAGGUGCUGUUGUAAUAACUUUUACCCAGGGUCUGUCUCUUCCCUUCCCCUCCUUUCCCACCCCAGGAGUGUUGUUUUUCCUCUGUUUCAACAAAUAACAAUAAAUAAAUCUUUAAAAUGUUA